CUGACUGCUGAAUCCACUGAACCGCUCAAGAAGUAUCAUUGGACCUAACCUCACCCUAGCAAUCCUAAUCGCAUUACGUGUCCUGAUUGCAGUGUAUCCGUUGAUUUACUGUAAAUUAUUGCAAAUGAGUGACGAACUAUUAUUGGCUGAGGCCAUUCGAUCUUUGAAAACCCCGGCUAUCGCAGGCUUCGGCAAUCCGUUGCUCGACAUAUUUGUAACAUUGAACAGCGAUCUCGACAGCGAUGAUAUGUUGAAUAAAUAUGGCCUAAAAGUCGACGGAGAGGCAGAACUACCCGCAGACAAAAUAGAACAACUUAUCAAUGAACUUCCUCCAGAAUCAGAGCAAAAUGUCAGUCCUGGAGGCUGUGCUCAGAAUACAAUCAGAGUUAUACAAUGGUUGUGCGGCGGACAGAGUGGACCACAACUGGGAUUGUUCUGUGGAGGACUUGGAAAUGAUUCUCGGGGAAAAAUACUCCAAGACAUGGUUCGAGAAAUAGGAAUUGAUGCUCGCUAUGCAAUUCAUCCUGAUCUAUCAACUGGCGUUUGCGUAUCAAUGAUAAAGAGACCAUGGCGUAGCCUCGUAGCAAAUUUAGGUGCUGCUAGUGUGUAUACUUUGGAUAAUCUGGCACAGCAUGAUUUGCCAUUAAAUUCACUGAAAAUAAUUUAUAUCGAAGGAUUCUUUAUAACGCAUAGUUUCGACGUUGCUUUGGAGUUGGUGAAAUUGGCUCGAGAUAAGGGUAUUACUGUAGCAUUCAAUAUCAGUGGCGAAUAUAUCUUCCAGGAGCAUCAAGUUGCCAUUUGUGACAUGGUUGGUUUGUCUGGAAUUGUAUUUGGUAAUGCUAGAGAGAUGACAGCUUUGGCUCAAGUAUUAAAUCUGCAGUACAACAAUGUCCAGGAGAUCCCAUUCCUCCUAAACAAUUUGAAACGGGUCACAGUUGGUGCGUCUAGUAAGAAUGACGGCAACUGGUUGUCAGAUGAGGGUGUCAUCGUAAUGACUCAAGGUGGAAAAUCUCCUGCCAUCGUAGUUUGGGGAGAGGGUGAAUCUGCUCAGGUUCUACCCGAAGUUCCUGAAAACCCUGUACUGGAUACAACAGGUGCGGGUGACUCAUUGGUGGCUGGUUUUCUGCUAGGUGCUUUAGUUGGACGUAGUCCAAAGGCGUGCUUGAAAUUGGGUUGUAAAGUAGCAAGCAUGAUCGUUACUAGAGUCGGCGUAAACUUUCCAGAUUCAAUACCGGCCCAUUUAUUACAAUAAAUAUGUACAUAUAUAUAUAUAUAUAUAUUGAAAACUGAAAUCUCUAUCUCAAAGC